GCCCCGCCCCUCGCGGGCGCGCGAGCCAGGCGGCCGCGCUCGCUCUAGGAGCUAAGCGCUCGCGCCCGCUGUCGUGGGUGGAGCCAGCGAGCGAGCCGGGGCCUUCUGCGCGGCGCGCGGCAUGGAGGCGGCGGGAGCCGGCGUGGCGCCCAUCAGAGCCCAGUAUCUCACCUCAAAAGAACAGUUCCAUGCUUAUCUCAAAGCGGAAAGGGAAUCCAGGAAUCAGGAAAACAAUCAAGAUGAUGGGGAGGAAGAUCCUAGUAGCAAUGACCAGACAGAGCCUCCAGCAAAACAGAUGAAGCUAGAUGGUGGUGAUCAAGUUAGGAACCAAGGAAGCCAAGAGGAAGUUGUAAAAGAGGAGGAGAAGAAACCCCAAGAACGGAAGAGAGCCAGAGGCCAGAAUAAGAGUCGGCCAUGUAUGAAGCCAAAUCACUAUGAAAAGGACAGGCUGUGCCAAUCAGUAAUCCAGGAAUGUGCAGAGAAGUGCUACUUUGGCUCACAGUGCCGCUUCCUGCAUGAUGUUGGGGAGUACAUGGCUGUGAAGCCCUCAGAUCUUGGGGAUAGCUGCAUACUCUUCAAGACCUUCGGAAAGUGCAUUUAUGGAGUCACAUGCCGCUUUGCUAGGGCACACCUUGGGGAGGACUACAGGAACAUCGUUAACGAGGACCUUGUAAAGCAGUGGGAAGGGAAACCACUGGUGAGAAACAGCCUCAGCAAAGAGCUCCAGCAGCGACUGCGCAAGAAAAAAGUUUGCUUUGACAAAUCCAGUGAGUACCUUAGUCACUUGGGCAAGCCCAGCAGCACAGGCAAUGCGGGAAACAAGGCAGCAGGCAACUCAACAGGGGAGGAAGGGAUGACAAACUGCACAGCAUCCAAAGGGAAUGCAGAGGGCGUGGAUGUCCUGCCGCCUGGAGAGGAGACACCAGAAUGUCUCGCAGUGUCAGAGAAGGGAGAAGCUUCUGAAUCAAUGGUCCUGCAGAGUUCCUGCCUAGCGGAUGCAUCAAAGGAUUCCACUCUCAAAACAAUAGGCCCGGUGACAGAUGAAGAUGUUAUAAAACUGCGGCUGUGUGAGAAAAAAAGAUUGGAUAUCCAAGGCAAACUCUACCUGGCUCCCUUAACAACGUGUGGUAACCUUCCUUUCCGGAGAAUAUGCAAGCGUUUUGGAGCGGAUGUCACCUGUGGAGAAAUGGCUGUGUGCACAAACUUGCUCCAAGGCCAGUCCUCUGAAUGGGCUCUCUUGAAGCGGCACCACACAGAAGAUCUCUUUGGAGUGCAGCUGGAGGGAGCAUUUCCAGACACUAUGACCAGAUGUGCAGAGCUUCUGAACCAGACCAUUGAGAUGGAUUUUGUAGACAUCAACGUUGGGUGCCCAAUAGAUCUGGUGUAUAAGAAGGGGGGUGGAUGUGCCUUAAUGAACCGUUCCAACAAGUUUGAACAGAUAGUCAGAGGAAUGAAUUCGGUACUGGAUGUUCCUCUGACAGUGAAGAUAAGGACUGGUGUGCAAGAAAAAGUCAACCUAGCUCAUAAAGUAAUCCCCAACAUCCGGAAGUGGGGAGCUUCCAUGGUCACGCUUCAUGGCCGAUCUAGAGAACAGCGUUACACAAAGGUUGCAGACUGGGAGUACAUAGCAGAGUGUGCUAAAUUAGCCAGCCCAAUGCCUCUAUUUGACCCUCACUGCUCAGUCUGUGGAGGAAGAGAAGCCAGAGGGGCAGAAGGAGGCAAUGGCAGAAGAGGGAACGUACCAGAGGAAGGAGAAGAGGAGGAGGAUCAUCCAGGAAUGAGGUUCAGGCCCGGCACUGGCCAAGGAAAUGGAGAUAUCUUGUCCUACGAAGAUGCUAAUCGAGCCAUGCAGACUGGAGUUUCAGGAAUUAUGAUUGCAAGAGGGGCCUUGAUCAAACCUUGGAUUUUCACUGAAGUUAAAGAACAGCGACACUGGGACAUCUCUUCCAAUGAAAGAUUUGAUAUUCUCAAAGACUUCACCAAUUAUGGCCUCGAACACUGGGGUUCAGAUACCCAGGGGGUGGAGAAAACCAGGAAGUUCAUGCUGGAAUGGUUGUCAUUUUUGUGCAGGUAUAUUCCAGCUGGCUUAUUGGAGUACCUACCUCAGAAAAUCAAUGAGCGGCCUCCGUACUACAUGGGGAGAGACUAUCUGGAGACCUUAAUGGCAAGCCAAAAUGUGGACGACUGGAUUAAAAUAAGUGAGAUGCUUUUGGGGCCUGUACCUACAAACUUUAUCUUCCUGCCUAAACACAAGGCAAAUUCUUACAGAUAGGACUGAUUGGAAGAGUCCUUAAACAGGCACAGCGAGAGAAGGCAAUAGAGCGGUAUUUGGUGAGACAUGGAUUAUCUGCCUCUGGCUGCUGGAAAUUAAAUAAAAUUUUAUGGUUUUUUAA